CACUGUUGUAUGCGUAUGACUGCGGGCUGAGAGAUAACACGAGUGAAUUUGCUGAAGCAAGGGUGGUUCUGUGUGGUCGCACUGAAAUUACUGCAGCCCAUGUGCUCUGCUUGUUAAAAUGCUCAUCAAAGAAUUUCGUGUCACUGUACCUCUUACAGUGGAAGAGUAUCAAGUGGCUCAGCUGUAUUCUGUAGCAGAAGCUAGCAAAAAUAAUACUGGAGGAGGAGAGGGUAUAGAAGUGUUAAAAAAUGAGCCAUUCACAGAUUAUCCCUUGCUUGGUGGAAAAUAUUCUUCAGGUCAAUAUACAUACAAGAUUUAUCAUUUAGCUAGUAAAGUGCCUGGUUUUAUUCGCAUUAUGCUACCAAAGAAUUCCUUGGAAAUUCACGAAGAAGCUUGGAAUGCUUAUCCUUAUUGCAAAACAGUUAUUACUAAUCCUGGAUACAUGAAAGAAAAUUUUGUAAUUAUGAUAGAAUCAUUUCACAUUGACGAUGUUGGAAAUCAACAUAAUGUUCAUGAAUUGUCUUCUGAUAAGUUAAAAAUAAGAGAAGUGAUACAUAUAGAUAUUGCAAAUGAUCCAAUUGGAAGUGCUGAUUAUAAAGAAGAUGAAGAUCCAACUAAAUUCAAAUCUGUGAAGACAGGUCGGGGUCCACUUGUUGGUAAAGAUUGGAAGAAUAAAGUUCAACCUGUGAUGACAUGCUAUAAGCUAGUCACUUGUGAAUUUAAAUGGUUUGGGCUACAAACCCGUGUUGAAAGUUUUAUUCAGAAAGCAGAAAGGCGUCUUUUUACUAACUUUCAUAGGCAAGUGUUUUGUUGGAUAGAUCGUUGGUAUGGUUUAACUAUGGAUGAUAUUAGGGCAAUUGAAGAGAGCACAAAAGAAGAAUUAGAUAGGCAAAGACAUCAAGGUGAAGUAAGAGGUAUGCGAGCUGAUGAUUGA